AUGGCCUCGACCCUUUGGAACCUACUCGGUGUCCGAGAUACCUCAAAGGCCGCUUCCACCAAUGAGAACAGUCCAGUUAGGGCUCUACCUGCCUCCUGGUAUACUUCUCAGGAGAUGUUUGAGCUUGAAAGAAGAGGCAUUUUCUGCAAGAGAUGGCUCUUCACCACACACAAAGCACGUGUCCCUAAUCCAGGUGACUGGGUUCGCUAUGAUGUGGCCGGCUUUCAAUUCAUUGUCGUCAAGGACCGCGAAGGAAAUAUCAACGCCUUUCACAACGUCUGCCGACACCGAGGUUUCCCCGUCGUCACGGGAGACGAAGGGUCAUCUAAGAUCUUUGCCUGCAAAUACCACGGCUGGUCUUAUGGCCUAAACGGCAAGCUGGCCAAAGCCCCAAGUUACCAGGGCCUGGAAGGAUUUGACAAGAACAAAAACGGUCUCUUCCCUAUCCAUGUCCAUGUUGAUACCAACGGCUUUGUCUGGGUCAACCUGGAUGCAGGUGAAAAGCCCGAGAUCGCGUGGGAAGACGAUUUCAGGGGAAUCGAUUUGCAGCCCCGAUUCCAGAACUACAACUUCGAGGACUAUGUAUUUGACCACAGCUGGGAGCAGGAGGGUGAUUACAACUGGAAGAUCCUUGCCGACAACUAUAACGAAUGCUACCACUGCCCAACAACACAUCCUGAUAUUCCGGCCGUGGCUGACCUGUCCACUUACUCGGUUUCCACAAAGGAUGGAAGUAUUAUUCAUGACGCUCACUCCACCGAGGAGCAGAUUUCCAGUGGACUGCGAGUUGCCAGCACUUACUACUUCCCUAAUGCAUCCAUGAAUGUCUCGCCGAACUUUUUCUUCAUGCAACGAUUCGUCCCCGUGUCUCCCACUAGUGCCGUCAUGAGAUAUGAAGUAUACCGCAACAAAAACGCCACCGAUGAGGACUUUGACUACGUCAACAGCAUGUACAAGCGCAUCAUGUCGGAGGACAAGUAUCUCUGUGACUUGACACAGAAGAACCUCAACAGAGGCGUUUUUGUGAACGGACUGCUACACCCCGAAAAGGAAAAGGGCCCUCUUUACUUCCAGAAGAUGGUGCGCGAUGUGGUGACGGAACACUACAACCGGGAGCAGAAGGCGAAGCGAGAGAUAUGGCCCGCUCGACAGACGUUGCCCGAACUGUCUAUAGCGAGCGAGAAAGAUAUCGAAUUCUGCUCUGGUCUAUCAUGCAACACGGGCAACGACUGUCCAGCCACACUUGAUGAGGGCAUAGCGUGCGUCCCUGUCGACGAUGCCGCCAGAGAGCUCUCGCCAGAGGUUGCGCUCCAAUCAUGCUUGUCUCAACUGCAGGAGAAAGAAGAUCCGCUGCCCUGGCGAAAAGCCGGCCUGCUCGUGCUGCGUGCGCCUCAAUCAGCAUUGUUCUUAUGCCACGGCGCCCCCACGAGCGGUGCUAGCGAGACAAGCUUGCCGACCUCGAAGAAAAGACCCAUUCAAACGACACGUCAAGAGCAAAUCCUCGAGGAAAUCAAGACAUCGUUAUCAAAGUCUAUCCAUCCGCCAGCAUCGGGCGACAGAAGAUACAGUGUCAAUGAUAGCACUCACCCAACCAGAUUUGGACUAGAAGACUCCAAUCGUGGGACAUCCUCGUUGUCACUGUCUGUCCCCAAAGCCAUAGAUAUUUACUUCAAGUAUUGGCACCGUCAGCCGCUAUGGUGUUUUAAUCUUGACGAGCUUGAAGAUCAGGACGAUCUUCCAGAUGAGCUGGUUUGGAGCAUCCAAGCGCUGGCUGCACCCUUAACCCAAGAUUCCGAUCACUGGCAAUACUACGCCAACAACGCCAGAGGAUUGAUCAUGUCUCGCGUUGCUAAUGGCACUGUGGAGCUAUCAACCAUGGAAAGCUUGUGUCUUCUUUCAUACGGCUUUUUCAUAAAUGGAGAAGAUAACCUUGGCCGAUUUCAUCUCUCUCUUGCGAUUCAACUCUGUCGAUCUGCCAUGUUGGAUGUCGAGUCUACAUAUACCAACAAUGACCCACUCACAGAGCGAAAGAAACGACUUUUCUGGAGUCUUCAAUCUCUGGAGCAGACUUAUGGUCGACAAACUGGGCUUCUGAGCAUUUCAACCGAGACAUGGCGUCCUUGGUUUUCAACAUAUCCAAAAUCGAAUAAACCCCGGCCGCCUCCUCUACCGAGAGACAAUAUCGGAUGCACGACACCGGACGAUAUUGGGAUCUGGAGUAUGACGGUUUACUUCGGAUGGAUCUGGAGUAGGGUGAGAACUUAUGUGUAUGAAUGUUCCUGCCAUCGGAUGAAAGAACCUUGGUUCCACGACUCUAUGUACGCCAUGAUCCUUUCGGAUUUGAUGGAGAUUGAGAACCGAACCCCUCUGUGUCACCGAUAUGAAUCAGUAAAGUUCUACGAACGAAAGGCCGAGGAACUGCGAUUGCAUAGAGCUUACUGGGUUCCUUGGCUAAAGGCACAAUUUCUGUACCAUGCUAUUCACACCAUACUGAACCACCCAUUUCUAUACAUCGUGUCAUCACAGCAUAAUCAGAAUCUAGCGAUUCCCAACAGCUUCUGGCGGAGAUCAUCAGAGCUAGUUUUGUUACAUGCUACGUGGAUCGUUCGCCUGAUUGAUAUGGUUCAGGAUAAGCAAGUACGAAUGGUGGACCCCUCCAUCUGUCACAUGGUUGCUAUCGCAGCUACCGUUCAGCUUUAUUAUUGCUGUUCUGCGGAUCCCAGGUUGAAGUAUAAAUCCAACGUGGAUCUCGCAAAAUGCAGACGAUUUUUGAAAAAUUUUGCGCCCUUGUCCCGCGCUUGUGAAUAUUUGGACCGAACCCUCGAUAAACUAAUGAGCAUUGCAUCCGGCUCCGAGAGUAUGGACUAUGAGGAUUGGAUGCCGUCAAAAAUCCAUCUCAACAUCCCCCUGAUGUGGGAAAUUCUCCAAUUCAGUUGUAAUGAUAACCAGUCGUCACAGGAGAUGCUCACCAGCAAUUUACUUCACUCCUCACUCACUCCCUCGACAGCAGCAGCAACCAUUGACCGGGAUGAUGAGAUGGACGAAGAUAGUUUGACCCUAGAAAUCAUAGCAACGACUUCACCCGAAGUCAACGUCAACACUGCCGAUGGGGGUCAGGCUGUGCCCAUGCCAUUCUACCGUCCGCAGCCAGUUCCCGCAGUGCCACCCGGAAGUAGUGCUACGUCUAGCACAGGAACGAAAAAUGCCAUGCAAGAAAAAAUGAUUGCUCCCGAAAACCUCAUGUUUACCAGCAACACGCCCUGGCUAUGGGCGGAGCCCACGCAGUUUGAGGAUAUGGAAAAUAUGAGCCAUCUCGAUUUUCAGGCCCUUACUGGCACUGCUGGUGGAUCUGCCUGGUGGGACCUUGGAAACCUUUAA